AUGGCGCAGGCCGUGCCGGGAGACAACAUGACAGCAAUGAAGGAUGAGCCGGCAGACAACGAUGAGAAAGGGGCCAGUUCUGCAGAGCCGAAAGUGGAAGUCAAGCUGAGCCCGGAAGCAGAGUACGAGCAGCUCCAUGCAGCGGCCAUGAAUGGAGAUCGGAAGGAAACGGCACUCUCUUUUGGCCAGACUGUCAUGAACAAGUUCGGCGGGCCCUUGGGGGUUUUGCUGUCGCUGGCUAAAGAUGACCACGGAAAGGAACUGGCGUUGUCCCUCAAGGAGAACUUUUCGACGAGUCGAAGCGAUCUUCCCUUGGUAAAUCCGAGGGAGUUGCCAGACAAUCCCUCGGAUCUCUUCGUUCUCCAACUGCACGACCUGAGCUACUUUUUGGACAGUAGCACCAAGCCGGCGCCGUAUUUGGCCACGUGCGUUCUUCUUUGGAACGACGUCCUCACGAAUACCUUCGUGACAGAAGGCCUGGAGUUCGGUUGUGAUCCGCUGGUCGUCUGGGACGGGCCACCUCCGGCUGAUCGAGACUGGUGGGCUUGGACGCAGUGGGUCAAGGGAGCGUGCCGCGCAACGAUGGCGGUCUUCACUGCUGCUUUGAGUUUGCACUGCAAGUGGGACCUCUCCAUCCUGGCCCCGAAGCUGUACGAGAGCCUUCAGUGUGUGUGGGCCCGGCGGGAUAUGGGAAGUGACAUUACGACGAUCGCAUUUGCCAACGCAAGGCUCUCGGCGCGUGGUGAAAUCAGACGAGCACACGACAUAGCCUGCUGGCUAAGCAAGCUCAACCUUCUGAAGUCCAAGGGCCUCAAACCCGAUGUCGUGAUCCAGGCCUGGAACAGCCAGGCGACGCAGCAGGCCCAACUCGGUGGGUCCAAGCGUGUAGCAAUCCUCUUCCUUCUGGGAUGCCCUCCUGAAGCUGUCGAGCUCCUGCUGAAGCAUGCCUCAGAAUUCGGAACGGCUUCAGCUUUCCCCGAAGAAGCCUUUGCGAAGAAGGCCUUGCAAAUUGGAUUCACACCCAGGGGCAUGCCGAAAGACUGGGUUCGACGCCUUACUGUGACAGAGAAGUCCUUCCUGCUGAGGACAUUGAGGUAUGUCGACUGUGAACAUCAUCGAACUCUGAAAGAAAUUCGGGGCAAGCUCUCGGCAGACGACCUCGCUGGACUGUCCCAGAUGGCUGCCCUCGUCUCUUCUUUGCAUACGGAGCUGACAGAGCAAGGCGUGAACGGGAAGUCCUUGAUCGACAACUUCCUUGCGGGCGACAGCCAGCUGUUCUGUGUGUCUGUGUCGCGGGCAGCAGAGACACAUGAGCAUGACCUGGCGGAGAAGUUUGUCCAGGAGACCUUCAAGAGUCCCACUCCUUUGACCACCACGACAGAUGUGGACAUACAGAUGCCAGAUUUCCCUGCCCUCUCCUUGCUUACCCCGAACAACAAGACGAAGACGCCAGCCGGCCUGACCUCGCUGAGUACCCCGGCGAAGGUGCUGACGCAGUGGCAUGACCAUGUGCACUUCCAGCAGGAGUUUCGCACCUUCCUCCAGGAGCAGCGCGAGAAGUUCCCCUUGGAUUUGGCUCCUGCGGCUUCCCGAACCCGGCCUCGAGAUGAGACUGACAAUAAUCCCAGCAGCGCCAAGCGGGCACGCAUCACGAACUUCUUCGGCGGGCCGAAGUCAGAGGAGGGCGACGGCCAGGGGCCCAAGCAGGAGACGAGUGAGGAUGACUUCUUGGAUGCAAGUGACCUCGGUGUCCCCAUGACACACGAGGCGGCCAUCGGAACCACCAAGCUUCACAUGGUUGUGACAGUGGGCAACGGCGUCUUCUUGAUCAACAGGCACACCGAUGCCGUGACUUGCAAAGCUGGAACUGUCCUUGCGGGCUACUACAAGGGCAAGUUUGAGAGCUCAGAGACACCUGUGAAGGGCAACGAUGUGGUAAGCUUUGAGCUGAAGGACUCCAAAGACCUUGUUAUGUCCGCUGGAAGGGUCACGCGUCUGGGAGAGAUGAUCAAGACGAAGCGCCUCACGAACCCCAAUGAUGCGACCAUCAGCUUCCAUGAGCUGCAGGAUGCGCCCACCUGGAGCAUUCACGGUGAAGAUGAAGCCCAAGAUUCAUCUGGUGUUCCGUGCCGUGGCCUUCCCUGCCAAGUCCGAGGAAGGCAAGGAUGGACCUGUGAAAAUGCCCGCGGUUCACAUUGCCGGUGCUGUGCCGUCGUGCGUGUGGGAUCGAUGCCGCCUCGCUUCGAUGCUCUGGGCAGUGAAGUGGCCGCCAGUGGCAAGCAAGGGCUUGCAGCCGAUCCGGCCGAUGGUGGUGAACCUGGGUGA